CUUCCCCACUUUUCAUCUCAGCCGUCCAUCACAAAUAUAUACACACAUAUUCUUUCUAUACAUACACACAACCUUGCUUCUCUCUUCUCAAAAAAUAAUUCGUAUCUACACACCUCCGGUUCUCACAUUAUGAUCUCUUCAAUCGGAACUCAUUUUCUGAACAACUCGCUAUGUGGAUUUUCCGGUAGGUUAAGGCAGUCGCAAUGGAGGCCUUCAGUUGUGGUGUCGGCGGCGGCGAGUUCGAAUGGCCGACCGGAAGAACGAAACGUCACCGUUUUAGCGGAGAGUAGUUUAAAAGAAAUUAGAGACGCUGCUGCUGCUCCGGUGGUGGCCGUUUCUGGUGGCGUUGAAGACGUGUACGGCGAGGAUAGCGCAACUGAAGAUCAGUCCAUCACUCCUUGGUCUGUCUCUGUUGCAAGUGGAUACACGUUGUUGAGGGAUCCUCAUUUUAACAAAGGGCUUGCCUUUGCUGAGAAAGAGAGGGACGCACUUUACCUACGAGGUCUUCUUCCCCCGGUUACGGUCAGUCAAGAUCUUCAGGUCAAGAAGCUGAUGCACAAUAUACGCCAGUAUCAAGUUCCUUUGCAGAGAUACAUGGCCAUGAUGGAUCUUCAGGAAAGAAAUGAAAGGCUGUUCUAUAAACUUCUCAUUGACAAUGUUGAGGAGCUACUCCCAGUUGUAUAUACACCAACAGUUGGUGAAGCCUGUGAAAAGUAUGGGAGUAUCUUAAGGCGUCCACAGGGUCUUUUUAUCAGUCUAAAGGAAAAGGGAAAAAUUCUAGAGGUGCUGAAGAACUGGCCUGAGAAAAAGAUUCAAGUCAUUGUUGUCACAGACGGAGAACGAAUUCUUGGGCUUGGGGACCUUGGCUGCCAGGGGAUGGGGAUACCUGUAGGAAAGCUGUCUUUGUAUACAGCUCUUGGUGGAAUUCGUCCUUCUGCCUGCUUGCCUGUAACCAUCGACGUGGGGACAAACAAUGAGAACUUAUUAAAUGAUGAAUUUUACAUUGGAUUGAGGCAAAGAAGGGCGCGCGGGCAGGAAUACGCUGAACUUCUAAAUGAGUUCAUGUCGGCAGUGAAGCAGAAGUAUGGGGAGAAAGUCCUCAUUCAGUUUGAAGACUUUGCAAAUCACAAUGCCUUUGAUCUUCUUGCCAAGUAUGGCAGUACCCAUCUUGUUUUUAAUGAUGAUAUACAGGGGACAGCAUCCGUGGUGCUUGCUGGGAUUAUGGCGGCCCUAAAGUUGGUUGGUGGUUCCUUGGCUGAGCAAAAAUUUCUAUUUCUUGGAGCAGGCGAGGCUGGCACUGGCAUUGCAGAGCUCAUAGCGCUUGAGAUGUCAAAACAGACUGACAUCCCAUUAGAAGAGACCCGCAAAAAUAUCUGGCUGGUGGAUUCAAAGGGGCUGAUCGUCAGAUCCCGCUUUAAAACACUUCAGCAUUUUAAGAAGCCCUGGGCACAUGAACAUGAACCUGUUAGAGAUAUUGUGGAUGCUGUCAAGGCUAUCAGGCCAACAGUUUUGAUUGGAUCAUCAGGAGUAGGUAGAACAUUUACUAAAGAUGUGGUUGAAGCAAUGGCAUCGUUCAAUGAGAAACCUGUCAUCUUUGCUCUUUCCAAUCCAACCUCACAAUCAGAAUGCACAGCUGAAGAAGCAUAUAAAUGGAGUAAGGGCCGUGCUAUUUACGCCAGUGGGAGUCCAUUUGAUGCUGUUACGUAUAAUGGAAAGGUUUAUGUCUCUGGCCAGGCAAACAAUGCUUACAUUUUCCCUGGAUUGGGUCUGGGUUUGAUUAUAUCCGGUGCAAUUCGUGUCCAUGAUGACAUGCUCUUGGCAGCCUCGGAAGCUCUAGCAGCCGAGGUUACUCAAGAGAACUUGGACAAGGGACUCAUCUUCCCGCCAUUCACUAAUAUCAGAAAGAUUUCUUCCCAUAUCGCAGCCAAGGUCGCAGCCAAGGCCUAUGAACUCGGUUUGGCAACUCGUCUCCCUCAACCAAAGGAUCUUGUCGCCUACGCAGAAAGUUGCAUGUACAGCCCCAGCUAUAGAACCUAUAGGUGAAGCAGUAAAAGUAAAUAGUCAGGUUGAUAAGCUUGGAAUGUUUCUUUAGAUUAUCUAAGAUUAUCUAGUCUUGAUUGUUUAGAAGGGCGGGAAGAACAGAGGUUACAGAAUAUUUUAGUUUACAUUAUCUUAGACGGAUAGUUUUAUCUAUAUAUGAUUGACGCAUAUGCCUAAUAGAUCAUAACGAAUAUUCCAGAUU